AUGGGCAACUACAGAUUCAAGUUUUCCGACAUGAUACCCAAUGCCUGGUUCCACAAGCUAAAGGACGCAAGCAAGGCGACGAGCAGCUCGAACCUCAAGAAGGCGCCCCCCGCGAGAAUGGCAGGCUCUUCCUCAGUCAGGCAGGUACAGGCGACGGAGCCAAGCCCGCAGCAGCCGAGGUACCAGCCGGGGAGAGCUUCCUACUACUUCCCCACUCGGCAGGAGAAGCUCCCGAGUCCAUAUGUUCGUCUCGGAGGGUCCGGCUCGUCUUUCGUCAUCGAUCCCCCCAGAAGGUCCAAGAAGAAAACCCAGAAGAAGCACGCCAGGUUGCCCACGGUCGCCGGAUGCAGCUGCCACGGCACUGUUUGGAAAACGGCGACAACGACGGGGUUCCCACUGGCUCCCUACAGCUCAACUUACACGGGCAGCGGCGGCGGCGGCAACAACGACGACGACUACGAGGGGGUCCCUUGCUCCGACAAGCCCAUCAUCGCCGAGCAUAGCGAGCACGACAAGCCCGUCAUCGCUGAGCAUUAUGGUUCCGACUGUACAGCGGCCUUCCCACGCUCUUCCAGCUGCAGGUUCACUUCGUCGGCUACAGAUAUAAUCUUAGAUAUGCGCAGCAAGAGCUCCCCUGGCCGGGAAAUUCAGGAGACGGGAGACAUUUAUGGAAUUCCGGAACUCGUCCUUCCCCCAAUUCUAACCAGGCCCCUCAAAGCUGGACACAGCUCGAGGAAACUGAACGACGGUGGAAGCGGGAGCGCGAGGGAUUGCUGCGGGGAACUGUGUUCAUCUCCCCCGUCCAGAGAGCACAGGAAAUCCGUGAGAAUCCACGGUCUCAGAAUGCGCGCAUGCUCUCCGCGGCUCGCCGGCAAGAAGAUCCGCCAUCGGAAGGCCGGGGGGUCAUCGACGAAGAAAUUCCUGGCUGAGAGCUUCGCGGUGGUGAAGAAUUCGUCGGACCCGGGGAAGGACUUCCGGGACUCCAUGAUGGAGAUGAUCGUGGAGAACAACAUCCGGGCCUCCAAGGACUUGGAAGAUCUGCUCGCCUGUUACCUCUCUUUGAACUCCAACGAGUACCACGACGUCAUCGUGAAGGUAUUCGAGCAGAUCUGGUUCGAUCUGACCAAUCCUAGAUUGCGAGGCAGUUCUUAA